UAGAGACGUCGUGCUCCGAACGUGAUUGGCUGAGAGCUCGUCGCGACUGCCAAAAUUAAAAAUAUUAGUGAAUUAGUGACAUAGUCCCGCGCAUGCGUAGUGUGAGGUGCCCCCGGAGGUCAAGUUGAUCGUGUUCAGAGCUCAAAUUAUUAUUGUUUAGAGUUUAAAAUAUUUUUAUAGACUUUCUAAAUGGCUAGGGACAUCGGUUUGGACGGCAUCUUAGAGGAGAUAGGGCCCUUUGGGAAAUAUAACGUGAUUAAUUAUGCGCUACUCCUGUUUCCUAUAUAUUUGGCGGGAAUGUUUGGAUCUGUUUUUGUGUUUGAAGCUUCAGAUAUAUAUUACAGAUGUAACGUAUCGCAGUGUGAAGGAUUAAACGAUACGUCAUGGCUCCAGUAUGCCUUACCAAAAGAGAAGACUGAACUAUCGAGAUGUAAGAAGUUUGAAUACAAGGAACACAAUCAUAGUGAUAUUUGUAGCAAAGACUCGUUCAAUAGAGAGAUCAUCAGAGAGUGUGAUUCGAUUGUUUAUUCUGAUGAGGACUCAGUUGUUAAAGACUUCAAUCUUGGAUGCAUAAAUUGGAAAAGGACAUUAAUAGGCACUGUUCACAAUGCAGGUCUAUUCGUAUCUCUGCCCCUCACUGGAAUUAUAUCGGACAAGUAUGGGAGGAGGCUUGCUCUCUCAAUUGCAUCUACAAUGAACGGAAUAUUCGGAUUCAUCAGGUCUUUCUCCACAAGUUACACGAUGUUGCUAGUGUUUGAGUUCUUGGAAGCUGGGUUGGGAGCAGGGGCGUACAGUACUGCUUUUGUUAUUGCGAUGGAGUUAGUUGGGCCUAAAGGAAGGGUUUUCGGGAAUACCCUUAUAAAUGCAGUUUUCGUCAUGGGUCUCAUGUCACUAGCAGCUCUUUCUUGGAGACUACAAAGCUGGAGAAAUCUUCUUCGUGUCAUUUACUCACCAGCUAUCUUGGUUCUGUCAUACCUCUGGAUUCUUAAUGAUAGUGCCAGGUGGCUACUGAGUAAAGGACGGCACAAUGAGGCAGUAGCUGUAUUGAAAAAAGCAGCCAAAAUGAAUAAAGUUAACUUACCCGAAGAACUUCUUAUGCCAUUACAUGAAUUAGAUAAAUUAGCUGUUUCCGAUCCAGAUACAGAUAAAUUUAAAGAAGAUGCUAAUAAUGAGAUUCCAGUUAAAGAAGAAUCUGUAUUCCUAAAAGUUAUGAAGUCCAGUAUUAUUAGAAAAAGAGUGGCUGUGUGUUCGUUUUUGUGGAUGACGUGUACGUUUGUGUAUUAUGGGUUGUCGAUAAACUCGGUAUCUUUAGCUGGGAGUAAAUAUGUCAACUUCAUCUUAGUUGCAUUUGUAGAGAUUCCAGCGAACUUUGUGUGUUUGAUUGUUUUGGAAAAAUUUGGACGAAAACGAGUGUUGAUAAUUGCGUAUGUGUUAAGUGCGUGUCUGUGUAUCGGUCUCUCGUUCCUGCCUCAAGGUCAAAAGUGGUGGUCGUUAACUUUGUACCUGUCCGGCAAGUUCUCCAUAACGGUGGCCUACAGCUCGGUAUACAUCUACGUGUCCGAAGUAUUCCCGACCAGUGUGCGCCAAUCCUUGCUGGCUGUCUGUUCCUCUCUGGGCAGGGUGGGCAGUACACUAGCGCCACUUACGCCACUGCUGGCGCAAUAUUACGACAACUUGCCAUCAAUAUUCUUCGGAAGUAUGGCGCUGGCAGCUAGUGUUCUGGUGUUCUCGUUGCCGGAAACUAUUAACGUGCGUUUGCCCGACACCAUCGAGGACGCUGAGAGACUGUCGCAGAGAAAAGUGAAUAAGGAUAGCGCUUAGCCGUUUGACCUUCGUUGCAUCGCGCAACAAAAAAAUUUUAAAUAUUGGAAGAUCCAUUGCAUUUAGAUUUUCAUUAUUAUCGUCGAUUAUUAAUGAUAUUACGAUUAAUGUUGAAAAGCUUUUUUCGCUGAUAAAUAAAUGGGAUAUAGCUGGGCUUGUUUUCUUGGGCAGUGUUUCGCGUAAUAUUAUAUUAUUUUUAAAUGAAAGAGAUUUAAGUACUUACAUGGAAACUAAUUACAGCACAACCUAUAUUCCAGUAGCUAGUAUAGAGCACGUAUUAAAACAGAAAGUAUUUCAGAUUCAAAGACCUCCAGUUGAAUGACACUCGAGUCAUAUAAAAGAUGUUUACAAAUUGUAUAAUGUAUAUCGAUUCUGUUCGUACUGUGCGCUCUAUAACUUUAAUCUCUUUGAUACACAUUUAUUUAUUUAAUUAUUAAUUUGAGUUACAUUGUUAACUUACCGCCGCUCCUCACAGUCGUUCCUUAUCUUAAUGCUAAGGAAUACUUCUACUAAGGAGAGUUCUAUCCCAGAGACGUCACUAUUGGUUUCCUUAGCUAAGAAAACAUUUAAGUAAGCAUAUAGCUGAACUUUCAUUAUCGAUAAAUUAUUUGUGAUACCAGUAAAAGAAAUAAUAAAACAAAUUUAUUUCUUAGCACAUAAAUUUAUUCAUAAACACUUAUUUUUAAUUGUUAUUUUUUAUUUUGAUUUCCAGUUAUAUUGAAUAGUAGGAAACUCCCUAAUCGUCUGAAAACAACGAAUAAAAUAAACUGACCUGUUAUUUUUUACUGUGAUAUCCGAAGCACCCGAAGUUCAUUCAGUCAUGUUGUGAUUUUGUGUUUUCGGAAUAGUUAAUAGUUAUAUGAUAAUAAUUUGCAUGAAAUUCAUUACAAAAGAUAAAUACUUGUAAAGCUCGAGCAAAUGAACGUGGCAGCCUAUUUACAACAGGAGGUGGACCUUCUUCUGUAGGUACCUCCACAGACCACAGGGAGCUAGUUUUGUUGAACAUGUAGGUAUGAUAAAACUCCUUUGCGUUUUAAAAAGAAAGCUUUACCUAUUUGUUUAUAACUAUAUUCAGGCUGCACAUAAUAUUAUAAUUUGCGAAGUGAAAAAUCCUUUCGAUAGCGAUGGAAGCCUUCUUCUCACUUUAGUUGAGGACGUAUCUACCAUACAGCCUCAUCAUAUAGAAAAUGUAUGCACUAUCUUUACUUUUAAAACUGAAAUUUAUUAAUUGUAACUUUCGCUAAUUAGCAACCGUGUCUUCGCCGGGAGCUGUUUUUCUCUUACUCCGGCUUAGAGGUGCGUUUUGCUGUCUUGAGAGAGAGCUGUAUGGCGUUUGGAAGAAUUCCUGUUUCUUUGUCAAUUGCCGCUGUCAGCUCUGUUGCGCUUCUUUUCUCCAUUUCAUUUCGGAACACUCUCCUGCCGUACAAGUUAAAAAGAAACCCUACUGGGAAGGAGUUUCCAGAGUAAGUAGUACCGGCUUGUGGUUAUAAUCGCCAUCAUGCAAUACACUCAAUUCUGGAACUGAGGCGCCAAGUCCUUUAAAUAAGGGCUUUCAUGACACCGCUUUCCUCAUGCAUGUCGUCCGCCAAAUAGGGAUCUUAUUUGCAAUUUUCUUAGCUUGUUCCGAGGGAUAUAUAUAUUGUGUAAGUGAGCAUUUCUCUUCGCGCUACCCUAAUUACUACACCCAAUGCCUGGAACGAGUACUGUAUUCGGUGGUAGGGAUAGACUGGUGGAUCACCCUGGCAGCUUCUUCUUUCGGCCGGGGGUACUCAAUUAUUACCCUGUGGAGCUCGCAUCACACACAGGCUUGCUGCCGGUGACACUUGUGGGAGUUGUGACGAAAGUAUUGAUAUUAAUGUCAUGGCGUGGGGUCUUUCUUGCCCCGCCAUGCUACUACUGUCAACCCCGGCAUGACAUUGUACUGCUUCAACUAAUACCUAUUGUACUGUUUACUACACAUAUACCUUUAAUAUAUAUCAUUUUUGUCCCUUCAAGAACGAAUUUUAAAAUAAAUAAAAAAUACUAACAGUGUUCAAAAUAUACAAUUUAUAUCACAAUGAAGGUUGUAUGUAGAAAUUAUUUAGAUAUUUACUAUGGAUCAAAUAUUUUUAAUUUUCAUAACAUUAUUGCGAAAUAUACUUUUCACAUUUUAA